ACUGAGAGGAAGUGGGACAGCGUGGCUGGAAAACCAGGGGACCAGGAAGUGAUUCAGAGCUUGGGAUCAUAGGAUGGGGCCCACGUCAAAGAGAUGGAACAGUACAAACAGCAGCAGCCAGGGCCAAACACUGCAGGCCCUCUCUGGUUGCCUCCCUCUCUCAGUGCCAGUGUGAAAAAGAAGAUUGCUCCACUGAAAAAAAGACCCCUAAUCUGCAAACAGCUGAGGGCUUAAAGUGACAGGCCUGGCCCUGAGCACACUUUAUAAGACUGUAGUCAUUAAGGAGCGCAGAGUCUCAGUUUGUUGUAACUUUCUUACUAUUUUUAUGAGCGAGGUGAUCUUGCACGCAGACGGUUCCAAGUUCAAAGUGGUGUUGAUGGAUGUUUUAAGAAAUAUUUAAUCAGUGGUGCUUUCAGCGUCUUUAAAAGGUGCUGCUACAGUAGUUCAAUCACAACUCAAAUCGCUCUAAUCUCCACUCUGCUGUCAGAAAUGGUGUUUUUAAAAAUAUUUUUCUUGAUUUCUAGAUGUUUUUGAAAAACGUUUGAAACUGCAUGCAUGUGUGUAUGUACUGUAUGGGUGUUUUUUUUAUAUGUGGUUGUGGGGUAAUUGGCCUUAAUUGUGUGUGAUAUACAAACUGCAAAGACUUUUUUCUACUCACAGAAAGGCUUAAUUCUACUGCUACCUAACAUUAACUGUGAGUGUUUGUGUAGGUCUGUUGAUUUGUUCUUCCAGCUGCUGUUCACUCCGCCGUUUCCCAUUGGCUUGGCUACAGCCGUGGAAGGUGUGGUCUGGAUGAAGGAUGCUGCAGCCUUUGUCAAACCCUGCAGUUUAAUAUUGAAUAGUAAACUGUAAAGAAGCCGUGGCCAUGUGUGAUCGACAUAAACGUUCCCGACUUCCUUAUAAUUCAUGCUAAAGCUGCACUUGUUCAAGGAAUGCGUCUCCAGAUUUUCAGCCACCUGUGGCAGGAUUUAAGAUGAAGACAUGGCUAGACGAAAACUGCUUUUUGGUCAAGCUCUGUAACUUGGAUUGAACUCCGACUGAAGUUUAGGAGGGAGAGGAACUCCGAUUAAGCAGUUGAGGAUCGAAGGCUUUGACUUGAUGAGAGGGAAAAACCGCGAGAUGCGAGCGCGUCUUCUGACCAUAACCAUGGGCACCGUGCGCUCCUCGCCUUGUGCGUAAGCUGCUGUGGACGGUCCACACAUUAUGAGACGCAAUGGCAUGGUGUGACCGAGGGGUUCAGACUUUGCUGGCCAUCGUAGGGGCCUUCGCUGCCUUCAGCCUCAUGACCAUCGCCAUCGGCACCGACUACUGGCUUUACUCUCGUGCGUACAUCUGCAACGCCACUAAUGUCACCACGGACGAAACCCAGAUGCAAACCAAGAAAGUCAAAGGCGAUCUGACGCACUCUGGACUGUGGAGGAUCUGCUGUAUCGAAGGUAUCAACAAAGGAAGCUGUUUUCGGAUCAAUCAUUUUCCAGAGGAUAAUGACUACGAUACAGACAGCUCUGAGUACAUCUUACGUAUAGUGCGCGCAUCAAGCCUAUUCCCCAUUCUCAGCACCAUCCUGCUGAUGCUGGGUGGCCUGUGUGUCGGGGUGGGCCGCAUCUACAGCCGCAAGACCAACAUCCUGCUUAGUGCUGGCAUCCUGUUUGUGGCUGCAGGCCUGAGCAACAUCAUCGGCAUCAUCGUCUACAUCUCCAGCAACGCCGGCGAUCCCAGUGACAAGAAAGAUGAGGACAAGAAGAACCAGUACAACUACGGAUGGUCCUUCUACUUCGGCGCCCUCUCCUUCAUCGUGGCCGAGUCGGUGGGCGUUCUUGCCGUCAACAUAUAUAUCGAGAAAAACAAAGAGACACGCUUCCGAGCCAAACACGACUUCAUGAAAACCAUACCCUCCUCUUCACCUUACUCUCGCAUCCCAAGUUACCGCCACAGACGAAGGCGCUCACGCUCCAGUUCAAGGUCGACUGAUCCAUCCCGCGACCCCUCCCCGGUGGGGAUGAAAAUCGGUGGAGGAAGUGGUGGUGGAGGAGGAGGGUUGGCAAUGGGGUUGCCGAUGGGGGAUAUAUCCCUGUAUGCCCUUAGUAGGGACCCUCUGAAGGGUGGUAGUGGGACUGCAGGGCCCUACAGUCCUGAGAGGGACUCUGGGUUUUUACAAGUCCACAACUGCUUCCAGAAAGAUCUGAAAGACGGAGUAAACAGGAGGACCACACCGGUAUGAGGUCAGGAGUGUAUUGCUGUGUAAAACAAUAAGCUUGAUGGAGCGCACUAGAUUUAGUAUAGUUGAUGAAAAAGGACAAUUCCUCCCCGGGGCUGUUUAGGCAGCAGCGGUGCUGAAAGGUCAGAGCUCAAAAUUGUUUUUCUUGCGUCCCUCUGUGACAGAAAAGUGCCAAUCUGUGUUUCAUUUGAAGGAAGAGGGGAACUGAUAUCAAAAUAACUUUUUAUUAUAUGACUCAAUAUCUUUAAAAUGUGGAUGCGGACAUUUUGUAGCAAUAUUUUAAGAGUUUCAUUCUCAAAUGUGAUACCCACUGUUUGUAAGUGACUUCUACUCUUACAGAAAGGCUGAAAAUUGAAGUUCUGGCACUCCUUAAAGGACAGUCACUUACUGGAGCUAAGUUUUGCUACUGCUACAUAGCCAGAGUUAAUAGCCAUUUACUUAUUAGUCUUGCAAAGAUCUUAAGCCAUUGCUGCGUUUAUAAUAGGUUAUAAUACGCGUUCUGAGCAGUGCUGCUUCUCGGAAUGUGACUGUCUGACUGGGCUGGGGCUAGCUGGUUAGCAUGCCAACUUUAAUAGAAGAAAAGAUGUAGCAAAACAACUGGGUUGUUUUCCACCACUACAGACAGCUGUUGGUGAGAAAAGGAAAUACGUUUUAUACUGUUUCCUAAAGACUAGUAAGUAAACAACUGCUGAUGCUAACGUUGGCUAUAUAGCAAUAGCAAAACUUACAAAUAUCCCCUUUAACACUUGAUAAAAGGGUAAAAGGAGGAACCUUUUGUAGACUUGAUGCUCAAUAUAAUAAAGAGUCUAAAUGUUGAACUUCAGGCAAUGAUGUUUUUCCUCCGAAGUAGCUGUAUAGUGUUUUGAAAAUGAACUUAUUUGUUUUAUUCUGAGACAAAAUUAUUUGCUAAAACGAAGUGAUUUACGUGGUUGUUUGUAAUCAGAAUAUUAUUGUAUUGUAUUUGUUUGUAACUUAACACAACUGGUGCUAACUUAAUCUGUACACCUUUGAUAGUCUUAAGCCUUCUCAACUGCCAUUUAAAUACUUUUACUGCAUCUGAGUAACCUCUCUCAAGCUUGUAUGUGAGUCAUGUGAUAUAUAUGUGUGUUACAGUAUGUGAAGUGUGUUAUGGCUCUGAAACACUGCCACACUAUGACACACUAUGAAUAUGGAUUCUGUAGAUAUACAGUAUAUAUCAACAACCAUGUCAAGGCACACAGUAAUGUCAGUACAUUCCAGUAUGCUGUGUGAUGUAUCAGUAUAAACAUUCUUUGUACAGACUGUCUGUGUAGUUUGCUCUCCAUUCGCUCAGGGACGAUGUAUUGAACAAAUGAUUUCCUUACCCAAGUCAGACAGACUGUUACAGUUGGUGUGUGUAAAAACAGUGGUGAGAUCACACUGUAUGCAUUGCUGUUAAUUAAUAUGACUCUUGUUUCUGCAUUUA